GACUUAGUCUGUGGGGGUGUUAUCUUCUAGACAGCCUGUCAUACAGGAAGAGGAAGUAAUCGAGUACUUAAGAUUAAAGCGUAAAGAAUGAAACACACAACCAUAGAAACCGAUUUAACGUGUCUGAAAUUAAUUCACAUUAAACAUAUUAAAGACUCAAUGAAGCACUUUUGUCUACUAAUGUGACUAAGAUCUGGAAGGAGACGAAAUUUAUUAUCGGGGGUUGAAGGUCUAAUCUUGGAUCACUGUCCACAUCAUGCUGGACCAUGCGGAUGUGAGUUUGACCCCAGAGGAGCGGGUGCGGGCAUUGACGAAGAAGGGCAGUGCGGUGGACGUGAAUAUAGCAGUGCCCCUCCGAAGAUACUUCCGCUCGGGUAUGGAGAUGAUUCGCAUGGCCCAUGUGUAUGCUGAGGAGGGCAACACAGAGCAUGCUUUUGUCCUCUACAAUAAAUACAUCACGCUUUUCAUUGAAAAGAUCCCUAAGCAUCCAGAAUAUAAGAUCCCUAAUAUUCCUGAGAAGAAGGAGACUUUAAAGAAGCUAAAGGAGAUAGCCUUUCCUCAAGCAGAGCAGCUGAAGAAACUUUUAUCACAAAGAUAUGAGAGAGAAUAUGCUCAGUAUCUCAGUAAAAAGCAUGCCGAACAGGCAGCACUGGAGCGGGAGUUGUCACUGCAACGAGAGCUGGAGGCCGAGAGAAAGCGUGUGGCAGACAUGCAGAGGAAGCAGCUGGAACAGGAGCAGUUCAGCAUGUUUGAGGAUAUGAUACGGCAACGCGACCGUCAAGGCGAGCGUCAGACUAUCAGAACGUCAGCCUCUCCCCCGGAUGAUGCUCUGCUCAUCCCUGGAAUCCAGGGCCCACCUGUGCCCUACCCAGCAUCCCCCACUCCCCCUCAGAGUCCACAGUACCCCUCAGCCAAUCACAAUGCUCCAACUGCACCAAGCCUGGCUGCACCCCCAAACAUUGACCGCUCACUUAAACCAGGCCAUCACAACACUACAUUGGUAGAUGGCUUACGCCAAAUAGCUGUUCCUGCAGAGCUUUGUGGUAAAUUCCUGCAACUGGCCAACAACAAUACAAUACGAGCAGUGGAAACCUGUGGCAUACUCUGUGGGAAACUGAAUAUGAACACGUUCACCGUGACACACGUGAUUGUGCCGAAGCAGUGUGGGGGUCCAGAUUACUGUGACACAGAGAACGAGGAAGAGUUGUUUGUGGUGCAGGACCAGUACAACCUCAUUACACUGGGCUGGAUACAUACCCACCCCACUCAGACAGCCUUUCUCUCCAGUGUAGACCUGCACACUCACUGCUCCUACCAAAUGAUGCUGCCAGAGUCUAUCGCCAUCGUCUGCUCUCCCAAAUUCAACGAAACUGGCUAUUUCAGAUUGACAGACUACGGCAUAGAGGAGAUCUCAACCUGUACACAGAAAGGCUUUCAUCCUCAUCCUAAAGAACCUCCUCUUUUUACAAAUGGCAGCCACAUUAAAAUCACAGAAGGCACCGUAUCAAUGCUUGACCUUCGAUGAUCCUCUCUGGUGUCUACACAGCGGUACUAUGAAGUGGAUUUCUUUAAAUCUGGAUUGUAGCUUUUGUCCUUGUUAACUCC